AUGCCGACCUGGAGCUGGAGACUGUCCUACCGCGCCGCCCAGCACACCCGCCCGCUCCUCCGCAAACCACCGUCCGCCGCCGCUUUCGCCGCCGCUUUCGCCGCUCCGCUGCCAUGGCCGCCGCCCCGCGCCCGCGCCCGCGCCCACACGGCGGCGCGCGAGCCCAAGACGGGGUCGGGUACCACGACGCCGGUGCCCGAUGAGGCGGCUGCAGUGCGCGCGCGCUCCAAGGCCGCCUUCUACUUCGAGGCCGGCUACGCGCUGUAUGCGAAGCGCCCGUCGCGCCCUUUCCCGCCGCCCUUCCUGUCCUACCCGUCCGGCUCCUUCUCCGACCCGCUGAGCACCCACAACCGCAGCCGCGACCGCCGCAGCUUUGUCAAUGGCGACAUGAUCCGCGGCAUCACGAACGGCGACGACGCCGUCCUGGUCAGCGACAACUUCAUCGGAGCCAACGACGGCGUGGGAGCUUGGGCCACGCGCGAGAGGGGCCAUGCUGCGCUGUGGUCGCGGCUCAUCCUGCACUUCUGGGCGCUGGAGGCCGAGAAGGACGCCUACGGCGGCGGCCAAGAGCCCAACCCGGUCGAGUACCUGCACAGCGCCUUCGAGCAGACCAAGCUGGCGACGUCGGGCCCCACCGAGUGGUUCGGCACCACGACCGCCUGCAGCGCCCUGCUCGGCUCCGACUCCGACUCCCAGCCCGUCGUGUACGUGACGCAGCUCGGCGACUCGCAGGUGCUCGUGCUACGCCCGCGCGACCGCGAGAUCGUGUACAAGACGGCCGAGCAGUGGCACUGGUUCGACUGCCCCCGCCAGCUCGGUACCAACAGCCCGGACACGCCGCGCGAGAACGCCGUCAUGGACCGUGUGCAGAUCGAGGAGGAUGACGUGGUUCUUGCCAUGUCGGACGGCGUCGUUGACAACUUAUGGGAGCACGAAGUCUUGGAAAACGUCGUCGACAGCAUACACAAGUGGGAGAAUGGCGAGGCCGAGUUCUGGGAUGGGCAUGACAAGAACGAAAAGUCGCCUGCCGACGGCAUGCAGUACGUUGCACAAGAGCUGGUGAAAGCUGCCCGCACCAUCGCCGAGGACCCAUUUGCCGAGAGCCCUUAUAUGGAAAAGGCCGUCGACGAGGGGCUGUCCAUUGAAGGAGGUAAACUGGACGAUAUAAGCGUUGUCGCGGCCGUGUGCAAGCGCAGAAAGUCCUGA